CAUCACCGCAGGACAAAGCAGCAAGGAGUGGUUUCUUCCCAGAGAAGCCCCCAAAUCAAUGAAACAACCUUAACAGUGCAGGAGAAAGUCCCCGUUUAUUUUCCACUGUCUAAUUAAAGCGCAGCGGCUGCGUUUCAACCGGGUUUUUGUUGUGAGAGGAAUGAACUGCCCUGGAAAAUAAGACCGUCUGGACAGAGAGGAGAGUCACCAAGGCUGGACGUGCUGUGCCUGAAGACGGAGACCUGCUGUUUGAAUCCUUGCUGGAAAUCAUGCUUGCCUUCCUGCUGCCUGCGAUACUAGCCGUCCACGCUAUGGCUAAGCUGGAGCUGCAAGUGCCAGACCAACCAGUCGUGGCAUUGCAUGGCGAGGAUGUUACCCUUAACUGCUCCUUCAGCCACACAAGUCCCUUCAACUUAUCUGAUGUGAGCAUAUUCUGGCAGCUGACAGACACCAAACGCAGCGUCCAUGCAUUCUGGAUGGGGCAAGACCAGCUGAAGGAACAAGCAGAACGCUACGCCAACCGUACGGUCCUGUUCCCUGCCCAAAUGACCAUGGGCAACGCUUCACUCCUACUACGAAAGGUGGUGGUUGCUGAUGAAGGCAGCUACACCUGUUUUGUAAGAGUGCAAGAUUACGACAGUGCUGCUUUGUUUCUGCAGGUGGCUGCUCCCUACACCAAGCCUGAGGUCACUUUGGAGCCUGAAUCUAACUUACGGCCUGGGGAUGAGGUGGCCCUGACCUGUGUGGCAUAUGGCGGAUAUCCUAAGGCUGAUGUUGUAUGGCAGGAUGGUAGCGGACACAACCUGACAGAAAAUAUCACAACUUCAAUGGUGGCCAAUGAACAAGGGCUGUUCACCAUGACCAGUGUGCUCAACGUCGUGCUGGAGCCCAACAGCUCUUUCAACUGCAGACUGAUCAACCCACUGCUUAGUGAGGAACGCUCCAUUUUUGUCACAGUCACAGGUCAGAACAUUUCAUUCCCUCCAGUGGCUCUCUGGGUUACUGUAGGCCUGGCUGUGUGUCUGCUGGGUCUACUCAUUGCAUUGGCUGCUGUCUGCCGCAGGAAGAUCAAGGAAAGCUGUGAGGAGGCCAGGAGAGAAGCUGAAGAGGCCAAGGAGCUGGAAGAAGAGGAAUCAAAGACAGCUAUGACACCACUGAAGAGCUAAGUCCAACAAAAUGAAGUAUUUGGAGGCCAGACGGUCGGGGUGGGGAAGAAGAGGACGAGUCUGGCGGGUAAUCCCAGUCCACCUAUCCAUCAACCUGGAGACUUUCCAGCAUCCCCUGCAGAAUGUCAAAGCCUCGCUGAGCAGGAGAUGAGUCCAUCAUCUUCUUUCGAAGACUUUCCCUCGAGUUUCACUCCAAACACUUAAACAUAUCAUGUGCCAUUAGUUUCUAUUGCCUUCCUUUCAUUCUCUCGACGGAGAUGCACAACAGUGAGUAAAUGCAGUUGAGUGAGUUGUGUUGUCUGUGGCACGUAGAGCGACAGCUGCCUUUGAAAACUACAGGAUGUGACAGGAUCCUUUGUCUGUCACUGACAUCACUCUGCAUACGCCGAGAUGGGGUGUGUGCCAGAGAUGUGCUGUCUAAUAGGAAAUGAGACACUUAAAGAGAUGACCCUGCUUCAGUUGCCAAAGAGAGAGCCUGGCUCUCCCUACUACUCCGGGACUUGCUAAUUAGCGUCUGUCGCUGGAGUAACUUGUACCUGUCAGUGUGCACCACUCUCCUAUAUUCAGUAAGUCAAGGCAAUUGAAAGUGAAUGCCAGCAAAGCUCUAACAAACCUCAAAUGGCGCAUGUGAAACUCUUGUCCCAAUCUCUGACCUGACAGCUUUACAUGUAAGAAAUAGUUUUUAAUGAAGAAAAACAAUCUUAGCUUUUUUCGUCAGCUGAUGUUGGAUGUUUUAUCUGUUCCAAGCUGCAGGAACGUACAUCUUGUUUUAUUGUUUCUUUUUUACAGUAGUUUAACUAGCCUAGGUACCAAUUGCCUAUAUAUGAAUACCAAAGCCAUUUGUUUGAAAAAAAAGAAUGAACAAAAAAACAGUGCCUAAUGACAUUAAAGAUACAUAUUUAAACUGUCACUGGUGUUAUU